CUAUUCACCAUCAACGACUCAUCCAAGGUCUUGAGUCAACCCUCAUUCCAUUACCAGUUGAUAAAUAAAUCAUCCAUGAAAACUCAGUAACCGAUAAUCACCUCAUCUCGAUCGUCUCCGGUUGUUCAUCAUGCCGGCGACAUCCUCCACGGCGGCGUACGCCAUUACCAUCCUCCACUGUCUUCUUCUUCUUCUACUUUCUCCAUCAGCAACGGCAGAGAUAAAGAAUCUCAAGUUCACCGCCGACGCCCGCCCAGUAAUUUCCCUCGAGAAUUUCGGAUUUACUCACUCCGGCCAAAUCAAUAUCGCCGUCUCUAUCAUCGCAUCAUCAUCGCGAGAUCCCUCCCAACUCGGACUCUUCCUCGUAACAAAAGAUUCACUUAAUCUUCUUAUUUUAGAGAUCGAGCAAAAACCUUUUAUGUGCAUGCUUGAAUCCAAUCACAUCAUUCUCCUCAAUCUUUCUUAUCCCCUGCAUUCCAAUUUCAACAUCUCGUAUCCAAUCACUUCUCCAAAUGAGUACUAUCUCUUCUUCGCCAAUUGUUACAUCGAGACUCAACUCACCAUGGAAGUACGCACAGACAUCUACAGCAUCGAUAUUGAUUCCUCCGGCGCCCCCGUUAAGAAUUACCUUUCUGCUGAACUCACCCAGCUUCCGACAGUUCAAUCUCUGUUCUCACUAACCUAUUUCAUGUUCCUCGUAUUCUGGAUCUGUUUUAUCUUCUUAACCAACAAACGAUCAUCAAUUCACCGGAUCCACCACCUGAUGUCGCUGCUGUUACUAAUUAAAACUCUGACUCUAAUUUCCGCCGCAGCCGACAACCACAACGUGAAGAUCACCGGAACACCCAAUGGUUGGCACGUUGUCUUCUACGUUUUUCAGUUUAUCGAGAAUGUUUUGUUGUAUACCGUAAUUGUCCUGCUUGCGGCCGGUAAUUGCUUCCGGCAGUUGAUGAUUGUGAUCCUGUUACAAGUACUAGCCAACGUUGCUUUUGUUGUGAUCGGUGAAAGUGGGCCGUCCUACGAGAAUUGGGUAAUAUGGAAUCAAUGUUUUUUGAUUGUAGACAUGAUGUGUUGUUGUGCAAUUAUUUUUCCUUUAGUACGGUCGAUUAGGUCAUUGAGGAGGGAGGCUUCAAAGACAGAUCUUGGGAAGGCUGCUAAUAAGAAGUUGUUAAAACUGACCAUUUUCAUCAUGUUCUACGUUGGAUAUAUUUGUUUUACCAGAAUUGGUGUUCUCGUUUGAGGGCCUAUGAAUACGAAUGGGUGAACUAUUAUGCGGAUAAGGAGAUGGCUAACCUAGCUUUUUAUAUCAUAAUGUUCUAUAUCUUCAAACCCGAUGGAUCAACAACAACUCAGCAAUUGAAUCAACAUCACUCAUAAAAGUUGUUUCGUGACAACUCCGGCCUUAGUAAAACAGUCAUGAAUUAUAUCUAUGGACGACAGAACAUUGAACUACAAGUUGUAUGCAAUAUAAUAUGUGUUAUGUAAACUCGAAUAUUUGAGCUUUUUUAAUGGGCCGACUAGUUAUAUAUCCAAUAAAUAUUUUAAGAUGUUAUAAUUGUAUC